CCGGCGCCGUUCAAGCCGGCCCCUUUCGCGCCCGCUGAAGAUGAAGAUUCGAAACCGAAAGGCAAGGAUUGGCUCGACGAGAAGACCGAGGAAGAGCUGCAAGAUCUCGAAGAUGAUCUCGACGACGAUCGAUUCCUUGAAGAAUACAGGAAGAAGAGGCUGGCUGAAAUUAGAGAAUCAGCCAAGAUCGCAAGGUUCGGUUCAGUGAUUCCUAUUUCAGGAUCUGAUUUUGUUCGUGAAGUUUCGCAGGCUCCUCAAGAUCUCUGGGUAGUCGUGUUACUGUAUAAAGAUGGGUAUAUU